AUGGCCGAAGACAUGUCCGCCAAACAAGCACCACUCACACUCAUCGUGGCUGCAACCACGAAGAAUGGCAUCGGCAAAGAUGGUGCGCUGCCCUGGCCGAUGCUGAAGAAAGAAAUGGCCUACUUUGCUCGGGUCACCAAGCGCGUGCCGAUGCCAUCCAACACCGGAUCUCUUCAAUCGGACACGCUCAAGGAUAACGUAUUGAGUGGCACGCAGCGUAAUGCGGUCAUCAUGGGUAGGAAGACGUGGGAGAGCAUUCCGCCGAAAUUCAGACCACUCAAGGGACGGACGAAUAUUGUGAUCAGUUCGCAAGCUCGUCAUGAGCUACAAGGGAUUCCGGACGAUGUCGUGGUCGCUUCCAGCAUUUUGUCUGCCCUCGAGGACUUCGACAAGCAUGUCAAGGAAGGCAAGGCGUUGCCGCUGGGUCGUGCUUUCAUCAUUGGCGGUUCGAGCAUCUACAAGAGUGCACUGGAGAUGCCGCAGACGAAGCAUAUUCUCCUGACCAGGAUUCAGAAGGACUAUGAGUGCGAUACGUUCUUUCCUGUCGAGCUUGGUGGCACGGGUACUACGAGCGAUGGCUGGCAGCGAAGAAGCCUUCAGGACCUACGAAAAUUUGCUGGGGAGGAGGUUCCGGAUGGCCCUGUCACUGAGGCUGGUGGCGAUGAGGAGGUGCCGUUCGAAUAUCAGCUCUACGAAAGAUCGUGA